CAUGGCCACUAGCCUCUGCGGGAACGACCCUUGGCCACUAAGCCUUCUGUCCGUCCAGCAGACCACACUCCUGCUGCUCCUCUCGGUGCUGGCCGCCGUACAUGCGGGCCAGUGGCUGUUAAGGCAGCGGCGGCAGCAGGUGGGGUCCGCGCCCCCGGGCCCCUUCGCGUGGCCGGUGAUCGGAAACGUGUUGACGGUGGGCAGGGCCGCUCACCUCUCCUUCGCGCGUCUGGCGCAGCGCUACGGCGACGUCUUCCAGAUCCACCUAGGCAGCUGCCCCAUAGUAGUGCUGAAUGGGGAGCGCGCCAUCCACGAGGCUCUGGUGCAGCAGGGCGCGGUUUUCGCUGACCGGCCGCCCUUUGCCUCCUUCCGCGUGGUGUCCGGGGGCCGCAGUAUAGCAUUCGGGCGUUACUCAGAGUACUGGAAGACUCAGCGGCGCGCGGCGCACGGCACGAUGCGCGCCUUUUCCACGCGCCAGCCGCACAGCCGCCGCGUCCUUGAGGGCCACGUGCUGGGCGAAGCGCGCGAGCUGGUGGCACUGCUGGUGCGUGGAAGUGCGGGCGGCACCUUCCUGGAUCCGAGGCCGUUGACCCUCGUGGCCGUGGCCAACGUCAUGAGCGCCGUGUGCUUCGGGUGUCGCUACAGCCACGACGAUGCCGAGUUUCGCGAGCUGCUCAGCCACAACGAGGAGUUUGGGCGCACAGUGGGCGCGGGCAGCCUGGUGGACGUGCUGCCUUGGUUGCAGCUCUUCCCCAACCCGGUGCGCACCGCCUUCCGCGAAUUCGCGCAGCUCAACCUCAGCUUCUCCAACUUCGUCUACGAUAAGUUCCUGAAGCACCAGGAAAGCCCUGGGCCCAGGGCCGCUCCUCGGGACUUGAUGGACGCCUUCAUUCUCUCUGCGGAAAAGAAGGUGACCGGGGAUUCUGGCGCUGGUGGAGCUCAGCUGGACUUGGAGAACGUGCCCGCCACUCUCACCGACAUCUUCGGCGCCAGCCAGGAUACCCUGUCUACGGCGCUGCAGUGGCUGCUCCUCCUUUUGGUCAGGUACCCUGAUGUGCAGGCUCGAGUGCAGGCAGAACUGGAUCAGGUUGUGGGGAGGGACCGUCUGCCCUGUAUGGCUGACCAGCCCAACCUGCCCUACGUCAUGGCCUUUCUUUACGAAGCCAUGCGCUUCUCCAGCUUUGUGCCUGUCACCAUUCCUCAUGCCACCACUGCCAGCACUUCUAUCUUGGGCUACCACAUCCCCAAAGACACAGUGGUUUUCGUUAACCAGUGGUCUGUGAAUCAUGACCCAGGGAAAUGGCUUAACCCAGAAGACUUUGAUCCAACGCGAUUCUUGGACAAGGACGGCUUCAUCAACAAGGAUCUGACCAGCAGUGUGAUGAUUUUUUCGGCGGGCAGACGGCGGUGCAUUGGUGAAGAGCUUUCUAAGAUGCAGUUGUUUCUCUUCACCUCCAUCCUCACUCACCAGUGCAAUUUCAGGGCCAACCCAAAGGAGCCCUUGACGAUGAAUUUUACUUAUGGACUGAGCAUUAAACCCAAGUCAUUUAAAAUCAACAUCACUCUCAGAGGGUCCAUGGAGCUCCUUGAUGGCGCUGUCCAAAAGUUACAAGCCGAGGAAGUUUGCCAGUGA